AUGCUUCACAGACUUUCCGACCUUGACUUACUGGACCAAUGGGCCGUGGAUUUGGUGAAGGUCGUAGGAAAGUUCAGCAAGCACUUGCUUACUGACCCUUCGGCUAUCUACAAAUUGGUUCCCCCAUUCUGCCCCGAGAAAUCCGUUCUCCACCGGCAAUUUUAUGAGUCAGAAUCGUCAAGUAUCUCCAUCUCGGGCAGAUCCAGUACAGACUGGGGUGAUAACCUGGCGAAGAUUUACCUUCCAAAUGGGGAUCAAGCCUGGAAUAUUGCAACCGCAGGAAGACAUAUCGCCAUUCUCGGAUCUGUUGGUGUCAUUUUCAUCUGGAACUCACAGAACUUCUCAGAAGUUGCCAUCUUGCGUCAUUCAGAGCAUGUUACAGCCAUGUGUUUCAACAGUAACGGGACGAAAUUGGCCACUUUCGGUCUCAAAAGUACGAAGCUUUGGUCGAUUCCUUCAGGCGAGUUGUUGGCCACAACGCCUAAUCCUACCGGGAGCAAGGCAAUGUCAAUCACGUUUGCUGAGAACGACUCAGUGCUGGUGGCAGGCUCGGAUGACAAAAUAGUACGACGACUUCGGCUAAGCGACAUGGAGGCAGGUUGGGUCAUCGUCGAGGCGAUCCUGGACAAAGAUGGCGCAAAUAUCGAAGGGGCCCUCAUGAAUACCCCAAUAUGCAUGGCUCUGAAUGCAGACUCGUCCCAAGUGGGUGUGUCAUACCGCGGAUUCCCAUUAUCGGUCUACAGCCUCAACGAAGCCCGAACCGUGCAUAGGUGUAGGCGUGCGGCCAGCUUUCAGGGAAAAUCCAGCCAAGCUUCGUCCAGCUGGUUUGCUGUCGACCGCUUUACCUGGAACCCCAUCACUGGCCACGUCAUUGGCAUUUACAAAGACGGCUGUGUCUUCAAGUGGCACCCGCUUACCGAUGAGAACCAGGAAGCUCAAUCAGCCGCGGACGAGGUUUCAGCAAGUUCCAAUGGCAAACUCUUCGUCACGAGCAGCAGUGAUGGCACUGUGAAAGUGUGGAACUUUGCCUACUUUUCAGUCAUUUAUCAAAUUCUCUCGGAUGAUUUGGUCACCGGAUUGACCUUCAGCCCUGAUUGUCGGCGCUUCUACGACAUGCGCGGCAAUUGCAUCAAUGCCUGGGAGUCCAAUAGCCUGAUCCGCUUUUCCGAGGGCGAAGAUGUGGUCAGUGAAACAUCCAGUGAAGCUCAAUCCUCGACCUGCGUCUCCAAGGUGUCGGAGAUGUGGCUGUCUCAAUUUGAUGCAAUAUCGGCAUUGUCUGUGGCGCCAGACAAUGACUUCUUCUUUUCUGGAAAUGAAGAUGGAUCUGUUCGACUGCACAGUAUCCGGGAUGCCGAUGCCGAUUCCGUGGAAAUCCUCAAGUUUUACAACUUCUUGAGCGUGUGCCAUCUGGAGUGGAGCCAGGACGCUCGGUAUAUUGCCGCAGCGGAUCUUAGCGGCCAAAUCAAUGUCAUACAGCUUCGAGAUCCGCUGAGCGGCACGUUUCCCACCUCGAAGGUCACAACAAAGCCCCUGCCAAGCCCUGACGUCCAACUGAGCGAGCAGAGUAUUCAUCAAAUCCUCUUUAGCUACGACUCAACCUAUUUAUUGGUCACCACUGGUGGCACUAGUCAAGUCUGUACAGUGGAGGAUGGCAAGAUAGCCUCAUCUCGUGCUCUGCAAGACAGUCAUUCCAGGAAAUGGAUCAACCACCCAACUGAUGAUCAAAUCUUCCUUGGCGUUGGACCAACCAAUGUUAGAGUAUUCCGAUGGCGCGACUUCGACGAGUUGCCGACUCUCGUUUUCCACGAGUGCCACGCAUCACCACAAGAUCAGCGCACGACCCACCAUAAAGACACAGAAUCCCCAACGCAUGAGUAUGAUACGUCAUCGGUUGUCAAAGUGGCCAUGACACAGGAUAGAAUGCACAUUCUCAUCCAUCUGCGAGACGGCUCCAUCCAUGGCAAAAUCACGAUACGCCUGCUUCUUAUCCCUACAUCCGCCUUCAACGCUCCCGAACAUCGAGACUCACCAGCCACCCUCAGUGCCAUCCGAAUACCAAAUAUCGUGUCGCAAAGACUCAAGGUACCCUUGGGAGUGCUGCCCGGCUCGAGGCUAGUUUUUCUGGAUCAAGACCUGUGGGUGUGUACUUUCAGGCUUGGCCUUUCCCACGAGGAAGAAUCUUAUGGCUUCCGGCGCCAUUACUUUAUCCCUCCAGACUGGGUGAGCAGCACUAGUAUUGGAAUGUGCUGUAUGACAAAUGACGGGACAUUCCUGUGCCCAAGAGAUGACAUGGUCGUAGUUGUGCGGAGUAGCUUAGACAUUGACGGUUUCUGA